GUUGUCCGAGGUCACGAGUGCUGUUGAGUCACAUGUUUGUGCUGAGCAGUCAGCUGACUAGCAGCGAUCCGCCAUAAAGGUUUGAACGCAAGCGCCUCGUCGCCCAAGUUGCUUCAACUGGCUAGCCGACAUCGUGAAAGCAUCAGAGGAGCCUGAAAACAGCGGAGUCAUGAUGCUUCUAACGCUCCUUUUCGUGUCCUCAGCAGCUGUGGCUUCCCCUCUUCUGGGUACAGAGCAGUGUGCCCGUGGACCUCCUUACUGGUGUCAGAAUGUUAAAACUGCAUCUCUUUGUGGUGCUGUGACUCACUGCCAGCAGAACGUCUGGAACAAACCCCAGAUGAAAUCUGUGCCAUGUGACUUGUGCAAAGAGGUGAUCAUGGUUAUCUUGCACGUUUUGAAGGACAAUGCCACAGAGAGUGAGGUUCUUGGCUACAUGGAGAAAGCCUGCCAGCUCAUUCCUGACCAAGGUUUGAGUUCAGAGUGCAAGGAAUUGGUUGAUAGUUACUACCCCAUUGUCUUAGGCAUCGUCAUUGCAGAGCUGGAUAAUCCCGGUGUAGCUUGUGGCGCCAUUGGUUUGUGUGUCUCCCAGGAGAUGGCCUUGACUAAAUUUCAGGACCAGUUCCUUUCCAAUGAGAUACCACAGGUUGACCUCUCUCAAUCAGCAACACCGUUUCUUCUCAAUGUGCCUGGGCUCUUGUACCCGCAGGAAACCUCCAAACCAGAAAGUCCAGUCAAAGAAAGUGAAGUUGUGUGCCAGGACUGCAUCAAAUUCAUGACUGAUGCACAAGCAGAAGGAAAGGCCAACACCUCAUUUGUUAACUCUCUGAUUAUGAAAUUUGAGGAGAAUUGUGACAACUUGGGACCCGGUCUGUCAGACAUGUGCAAGGAGUACAUCAGCCAGUAUGGCAGCCUUGUUCUUCAAAAAGUCUUUUCCAUGGAUCCCAAUGCUUUCUGUUCAACUGUUGGCUUUUGUAAUGCUGUUAAAAGGUCUACUCCCAUGUUGAAGCUGCAGGCUUCCCAAACGUUGCCUGCUGCCGAUACCAUGCCUGCUCUCAGUCUUGUUCCUGCCACCAAGGUGGAAUCUGUCGCCAAGUUCACUAAACCUAUGGUGCGAGUUCGGGAUUCCCCCCAAUGUGCAAUCUGUGAGUUUGUGAUGAAGCAGUUGGAAAGCAUGUUGCAAGAUCAGGCAACCGAGGAGGAGGUGAUUGCAGCUGUGGAGAAAGUUUGUACAUUUUUGCCCUCUAGUCUCAGUGUUCAGUGCAAGGACCUAAUCGACACCUACGGUCAGGCCAUCAUUCAAUUGCUGGUGCAGGAGGCCGACCCUAAGAUUGUUUGCACUGUUUUGUCACUCUGCAAAGAUGCCACACGUGCAUAUGUCCAUGCCCUUGAUAAGAUGGACUUCAAAAGUGGUGGCUAUUGUAAAGUGUGCAAGAUGGCUGUCGCCUACAUUGAUGGAAUCCUUGAAAAGAAUGCAACUGAGGGACAGAUUGAAGAAGCAGUGUUAAAAGUUUGCAGUUUCUUGCCAGACUCCUUCCAGACAGAGUGUGAUCAGCUGGUUGAGCAAUAUGAGCCCAUGCUUGUGCAAAUGCUCCUUCAGAUGCUCGACCCUGAUUUUGUGUGCCUGCAAGUGGGCGCCUGUCCUGAGGCACUCCGCAGGCUGCUGGGAAGAGAGCAGUGCAUUUUGGGACCGUCAUUCUGGUGCAGGAGCAUUGAGACAGCAAUCCAAUGUGAUGCUGUCGAUCACUGCAAACGCCACAUGUGGGCGUAAAAGGGGAUCAGCGUCUACAGACACUUUUUUUUUUUUUUUUUUUUUUUUUAGGGAAUUAACUGCAUUGCUGCUUCCUACUUCAACCAUUUGUUUAUUCUUGUCUGUACUAGACCAGGUGACUGUUUGAUUUUAUUGUGAUUUGUGGAAAGGGACUGGACUCUUUCCCCAUCUGGAGCAUGGGUGCGGGUUAAUUACAUGUACACAGAUGUGCUUUCUGAAAACAGGCCAAUUUCCCACUGUAAGAUUAAGUUUGGCGUACUUGUGUUUUUGUGCUUGCUGCAUCUGAUUUAUAUAGCGUAAUAAUAAAAGUUUGGUUUAAUGUGGCACUAUGUCAAGAGCAACUGGUUGUUGUUGAGGCUUUUUCUCCUUGCAGGAGAAAGCAGAUGGCGUAUGGAAAAAAACGACAGAUGUAACCUUUAGCAGCACGUUGCAUUCUAAACCAAAUGUUUGUUUUUGUCAUGUUUUUUUCUUUUCUUUUUCUUUUUUUAGGAAAUAAUGGGAGGUGACAAGGCCUUUUGUGUUGCUUCCAUUGUUUGCACUUUCACAGCUGUUUUUAACUGGUAGCCAAGCUUCAUACCCUGAGCCCAUUUGUAAAUUAAUCUGAAAGUUAUUAAAAUGAUCCAAAUCAC